CAUUUGUCAGAGGUAAGAAAGGUGAGGACUUGUUUCUUUUGAAGUAUAAUGGUCUUUGAUUAAAGAGACAAAAUAUUGUCUAUUAAUUAUUCAACUAAACUUUGUUGUACAUCUGUUUAGUUCGUUGAAAGGAAGUCUGUGUUUUCAAUGAGUAUUCAGAUAAGUGUAAUGAGAGAUGAUGGAAGGAAAGUGAAAAGUGCAGUGAUGGAGGAGAUGUAUCAGAAACAUCCCACAGGAGAAGGUACUUUCACUAUGGAAAUGCUGGCACCCCCUGCCCCAGGUAAGUGCUGAGGGAAGCAAACACUAGCAAAAUUAUUUUUUGCUGACAGGUCUUGUGCAAUCAAGAAUUUCUUUUACUCAUCUCACCCUGUGAAUUAUUGAAGUGGACUUUGUGCAUGUGAUACCACUGUCACACAAGCUGUUAACUUAAUCCCACUGUGAUGAGACAGCACCCAGUGCCAGGCACAGUGUGGCCACUGUCUGUCCCCACAGUGAGGACUCUGGGCACUUGCACUCUGUCCUCUGAGGGGAUCCAACAAGCCAGCAACAGCUGCUGCCAAGUGUUGCAUCAACCUCACCAUACAAGUGACCAACAAAGUGCUGAAAUCCAUUAUUUUCUCCCUGUAACAGCAAAACUUCCUUUCCAUGUAAAACUGCAGUGAAGCUUUAUUGCGUGAUUUGUUCUGAUAGAGCUCACAGCCUUUGUGAGCUCCCCCCAGUUAUGUCCUAGCCAAGGGCUGAAAGGCAUGCAGGGCCUAAUUUUUUAAAGAUGUUUUUCUAGGAUGAAGGAGAGGAAGCAGUGGCUCUCUACAGAAUAUCCCAAACAGCAUUCCACUAAUUUAAAUGCAAAUCAGUCCUGAAUCUGCAGGCUAUUGUGAGACUCCACAGCAGUCCCAGUAUCUAAGGAUGGUUUCAUGUGCUCCAGAUGACAGCAGAAAUGUGACACUUCACCUGGAUGUUACCUCAAGAUGAAAAAGUAGAAGGUGCUCCAUUUUAUCAAAGGAGAGGGCUUCAGCAGGUUUCAGAAGCCACAAUGUCGAGUAAAAGCUUCCAGGGACUGAAGGAACAAGCUGAAGGUGCAGCAAAAGACGCUGCAAACACACUGGGACAGGCCACUCAGGAUGCAGUCAACCAGAUUACAGAGGCAAGCCAGAAAGCUUUUGACAAGGCUUCCAAGACAGCACAAGAUGGAGUAGAAAAAGUGGCUGGACAGGCUGCAGAAGCAAUGUCUGGCUUUGGGAAAAAAUCUGGAUUUAAAAAAUGAUGCUAAUUCAAGUCAACAGUACUGCUUGUAUAAAUCUCUCUUUGGCCUGCUAUUACCUACUUCUUUGUGUAGAAAAAUGAAAGCUGUUUGAUAUCUGGAUAAUUUUGUUCACUUCAAAUACAAGUUUUUAAGGUAGAAGGUCCUUCUCAUCCAUUACAUAGAAAAAAAUACAUCUCUUAGCACAUCUGCUCACAAUUGUCAACGUGGCUGAAAAGGUUCCAGCAAUGCUGUUGCCCUGCUCUUACAACAGCUCAGUGAUUAUUGCCACAUUUGCUGAGUGUAUUUACAAAGCCAGUGAAACUGUUCAUAAUUAGGACACCAGAACAGCCAUGUGAUGAAACUGAGUCUUCUUCCAAUAAUCAAAAAUUACACUGGGGUUUUAUUUCUUGUGAGUUGUUUGUUUGUUCCCACCCUCUGCAUUUUUAGAUUAAGAUAAAUAAAGAUCUCCCCUACUCAGACCAUCUUCUUGUUUAAUC